AAUUGUAUGGAAUAUGCCGCUGAUGGUGGAAAUGAGAACAUAGCAUACUAUUUGCUAAGCCAUCCCGACUGGAAACAAAUAAUGUCAUCAAGCUCGUGGGAUGAGUAUCAUAAGGACAGAUCAACCCCGAUGAAGAAACUCAUAGAGAAAAUGCCAGAUGUAGCGCAAGCUGUCAUGGACAAGUGUAUUGAAGUCUCUCCAUAUGCUGACCGUAAAGAUGAAGAAUUCUGGAUUGAAUUUUACUACGAAUUCUUGGAGGACUCGUUCUCACUCUGGGAAAAUAACAAUAAAAACAUCCCCAACACCAACAACAAUAAUGACAGCCUACAGGAUGAAACGCCACUGACCGAAACACAAUCCACACCUACCAACGAUGAGACAGACACCCUGCAAGAAGGUGAAACACAGGAAGAAGACGGCGAAACACAGCACAGUGAAUCGGAGCAUGGCACCAACCAAAUCGCUGACGAAACACAAGCUGAUGGUGACGACGCCGCUCUGGAGAAUGAGACGUCAUUCACCGACCAGCCGGAUGACAGUGGUAAGAUCAACGGCGGAUUCAAGGUUGACGAAGGCGACAUCGAAGCUCAAAAGCCAGAGGGCAUAGCCAGCUACAAAGAGUUACAGGAUGAACAAGAAGAAGUUCUGAUAGUGACGGCGUACGACGAUGACGGUCGUUUGAGAGCCAAAAUGAGACCUUAUUCAAGUAGCCCUGCAAGGAUGGUGAAAAGUCAUCCCCUGAUUGCCAUGGUUAAAUCAGAGCGGACCGACCUCCUCACCCAUCCCCUAGUCGUCAGCCUUCUGAACCAUAAAUGGUCAAACCUUGGUCGCUACGUCUUCUGGCCGUCACUCAUCAUCUACUUUAUCUUCCUGGUGAUGCUUACUGGUUACGUGACCGCGGUUGCACCGCAGUACUAUGCCGACGUUGCCAACGGGACGGAUCUCGAGUGGUUUGGUGAUGGCGAGCAGCGCUGGAUCGACGGUAUUCCGCAGGACACUCUGGUUGUUUUUGCGGUCAGUGGUCACUGGGUCAUACUAGUCUUGGCAGUAUUACAUCUCCUGUGUGAGCUUAUUCUUCUGGUGAUACAGAGACUGUCCUAUUUCCGGUUUCGGAAGCUUGUUGAAUGGUCCGUGUAUAUCUUGGCUAUUCUCUUCGUCAUACCUUUCGCUGGACAGACUGAAUAUCAACCAAGUAUAUCACUGCGUAUGGGAUGGCAGUGGCAGUGCGGUUCAGUAGCAGUAUGCCUUGCAUGGAUCAACUUCAUUAUGUUCCUAAGACGAUUUUCAUUCCUUGGUCUUUAUGUUCUCAUGUUCAUGGAUAUUCUUCGAAGCUUCCUAAAAUUCAUCUUGGUUCUGUUCUGUUUUCUGAUGGCCUUUGCCCUCGCUUUCUACAUGUUGCUCCUUAAUCAGCCGCCAUUCAACCGCAUUGAGCAAUCCCUAGUGAAGACCAUGGCCAUGAUGUUAGGUGACUUUGACUUCGUUGGGAUCUUCCACAGACAGAACUACCUGGGAACUGAGAAUACUGUGGAUGUUAACGAAGAUGACUUCUUCCUGACAUCCGUCUUCUACAAGGCCGUCACUUACGUCAUGUUUGCUGUCUUUGUUGCAGUGAUGUCGAUCAUUGUCGUCAAUCUUUUGAUUGGUUUAGCAGUCUAUGACGUACACGAGAUCAGACGGAAGGCCAAGUACCAUCGUCUUGCCAUGCGGGUGGAGACUAUCAUGGAGGUCCAGCAGUAUCUUCCGGUCUGUAUCUGGAGGCGGGUGAUGCGAUCCAAGAAGCGGUAUUACCCUAACAACGGAUGCUGCCCGAGGGUAAGGCGUGGGUGCAGAGUGAUGACGGGGGACAGGAGGGUAGUCAAAGAAGCCAUCUUGGUCUCCGAGAGGACUGCUGCAGAGGGAGGUCACUUAAAGGAGCGCCUUUCCAAUGAUGACUUUUACAUUCACAUGAAGCAGCGACUGGAAUCUAUCGAUGGCAAGAUGAUAACGAGCGGCCAUUUGGGUAGCGAACACCCGAAGAGAGACGACGAGAUCCGAAGUAUUCGCGAUCGUUUCGAUCGGAUGGAGAGGAAGAUCGAUGCGCUCAUCAACCGUAAAAAGCUGAAACAUGAGGACGAUAUGACACGAGACCCUUCCAAAUAA